UUAGCAUAAAAUAUCAAAUUGCGUAAAUUUUUUGUGACCGAUCACAAAAAUUGCAGUUUCCGAUCUCAAUUUGGAUCGAUUGACUGAAAUAUGAAGCUUCUCAUGGUUCACUACCAUUGCAGGCUGCAGCCGAUUUCUCAAAUUUUGUGUUGGCCGUGCACUUCUGCUGUUUAUCGAAUAAGGGUAUUGUUUCAAUGUUGUAUGCCUUCAUCGGGUUCAUGUAAUGCUUCCAUUUAUGCAUACUUGUGGAGGAAAGGGGAGAUGGAUUUUUUUGUAAUGCCUUUAUAUUGAUAAGAGAUCGCAACGGAUUUUAUUUGAGCUGCAGAAAUAGGUUUCAAGCGUUCUGUUGUGUUAUGAAAUUAGGGUUCUUUUACCGAAAAUGCAGAGAGUUGCCGAUUGUUAAGACUGCGUGAAAUAUGGCUUUUUUGGAUGCUUGAAUUUGUUCAUGCAAAUGGCCUCCGUUUUACAACAGAUUAAGAACCCAAGAUUCAUGCUUUCCCACGCUGAUUUUCUAAAUGCCGUGUGGAUUAGCUUGCUGUCGAAAAGAUGGAAGUAUGUUUGGACUUCGAUGCUUUACUUAAUCUUCAACUUAUAUUGGUUUGUGAAGCACAAUAAUGAGGAUGAAGUUCUAUGUUUUGGAGCCACGCUGUAUGCUUUGGGAUUUUUUAUCAAUUGGGCUUUACUUAUGAGAGAUGACUCUCAAAUUAUAAGGAUCACAUGUGUACGGAUAUCACAUAAUGAAGCAGCUGAAUGAGCUCCUUCAUGUUGUAGCUGGGAAGAAGGUUCGAGAACUAUGCUUUCUUGAUGGUGAUUACACUGUCAUGAGCUAGAUAUCCCUCGCGUCCUUUGUAAAAAAAAGACAGCGUACAUUGUUUAGUAACAACAUCUCAUUGCACGUAAUAGCUGUUUUAAGUGACCAAAGAAGUCUUGUCAAGAGUUCCUAUAUGAGGCAAGGUUGCUCAGAAAUUUCUUUUACGUGAUUGUAUUAAGUGCAUGAGCGUUACUUAAGAUUGACAAGUCAUUGAUCUUGAGUAGAUUGAUAGUUCAGGUAGUACUCAAGAAUCUAACAAUCAUGUAUCUCGUGAGAAAAUUUGGGUUGUGUACAUGAUUUGCCCUCCAAACUUGUUCAUUUUCUGCUACAUUGGACGAAUGCUGUGUGGCUUGACUGUGAUGAAUAGUGAAUACAGACUCUUUGGGUAAUGUCUCAGUCUGCCUUCUAUAUUUACCUCGUGGGUGGAUACAAAAAGCUGCUUACUUUGUUCUGCAAAAUUGAUUGGGCUUGAUGAUGUGAAGGCUUUGACUCUGUCCACUCCUGUUGCUAAGGUAUGUGGACACUGCUUCACAUCUCUCUUGUAAACAGAAUAUGGUAUAUUAUUAUACAUAAUUUUCCAGGUGUUUGAUAUAGGACAUAACAAAUGGGUUGCCAAUUCUGUUUCCAGUGUUGUCACUCGAGAGGGUAUUUUUUCAAUAGAUCUAUUAUCAUAUUGUAAGGAAUAUUAUUUUGAUUAUCAAUCACAUUUAGUUUUUUACACGGAUAUUCAAUGAUUGUUAUAUGACUUGCCUGAUGAGUUCUUCACUACGGAUGAUGAUAUUAAAGAAAAUCUGCAGGUAUUAGAAAAAUUAAAAAUGAAAGCAAAAAGAAACUUUUCUAAUCUAUGGAUGGUUGAAGACAGCCCAAAACAAUAGUGAUGUUGAAAUGUGUAAGUAUGUAGUGGGAAUGUCAAGAGAAAAGAAGCACUGAAAUGAGGUUCAAAGAACACUCUAAUCGGAUGUUUAUUCGUCUACUGAUCUUGAUUUAGAAGUACUAAAACUAGCACGUGCAAGAUACUUUAAAAAAUUUACCUAGGUAUUUGAAUCUAUAUCUUGAGCAUGUUCAGGAUGGAAGAAGAUAAAAGGAUUCGCUCAACAUAUCUCUGUGAAUCAUUGUCAUCUUACACUUUAUCAUUUUGGUGCUCCGGAUAUAUGAAUGUAAUAAUAUUAGCGGCUAAAUUGUAUUAAAUGCUAAUUUCUUUAUAUAUGAUGGAGUUAAAUAACAUUUGAUAGUAUUUCUAUAUUAUUUUUGGAUUUAUAAUUUCCGAGAAUAAACUCCUGAGAUAUUCAAUUGUAACCAUUGAGAUUCUAUGGAAACAUUAAACAUCUCUAGGUUCCAAAAUAUAAAAGGGAUAUCAGACGCAGAGGAUUUUCUUUAUUUAUUUAUUUUGCAGAUAACAAUGUAGUAAAGCACAUAAUUUAGCGACAUUGAAAAACAUUAUCAGAAUGAUUUAUGGUCUAAUUCAGUAUGUUAUUAACUCAAUCAUAAUCAUUUCGUGUUUUUUCGAUAUAUGAUUAGUAUUUGCCAAUAAAAUGAAAUGGGGUAGUGUUUUUACUAAUGGAAUACCAAAUACAGCGUAUUGGUUGGCAACUUGGCAUAAAUGAAAUCACAUUCAUUUGAUACCUCUCAGUGGAAAAUACCAUGAUCCAUGUCAGAUUUUUUUUCCUAUUUAUGUUCUCUCGAUUUUAAAUUUAUUUAGUAGGAGUAACCAACUUUUUCUUUAGUAACUUUUUCGGAGGAGGGGCUGUAUCCGCGUUGUCAAAAUAUUCUUUCUUUAGGUAUAUCUAAUGAAUGGCGAAACCUUGCUACCUCCGCUACUCAAUUGGCUGAAUUUUCUGCCCCGUCCCCCUCUCUUCUCCGCUAGAGGUUUUCUCGAGAAGUCAACAAUAGUCUUUCCAUUUGCGGUGAGCUUCUUGUUGUUAAGAUAAUUAUCUUAUUGAACCAUUUAAUUUUACAGAUUUUAAUACAUUUGCCUCCAAUUUAAGAUCAUUUUGAUUUAAAUUUAAUUUCUAUGAAAUGUAGAUCAUUUGAUUGUUUACAUAUUCAUCACUGCAUGAGCCUUUAUAAUUAAUUGACUGAUUGUUUUAUCAAUCUGCAUUUGUUGUUGCUGCUUGUAUCAGACUUGGAUCUGUAUCCAUUGAACAUUUCUUUUAGGCAUUUGGCAAUUUGGUCAUUUAUGUUGAGUUUGUUUUGGGGCAUGGUAUUAAUGUAUAGCGACAGUAUUAUUAGAUCCAGUUAUAUAAAUGUGAAACCAUACAUUUCUCCAAAAAAAUUUGGUUGAUAUAUAUGAGAAAGUAAAGCAUGUAUUCAAUCUGGAUAAUAUCUUUGGAUGAUAAAUUUUUACUGUGAUUGUUUCUGCCCCACCCCCACUCUUCGCUGCUAUAGAUUUUCUCGAGAAGUAAAAGAUAGUCUUUCCAUUUGCAGUGGUCUACUUGUUGUUAAGAUAAUUUUCUUAUUGAAUUAUUUAAUUGUAUGGAUUUUUAUACAUUUGCCUCCAAUUUAAGAUCAUUUUGCUUUAAAUUUAGUUAAUUUUUAUAAAACGUAGAUCAUUUAAUUGUUUAGAUAUUCAUCACUGUAUGAGCCUUUAUAAUUCAUUGGCUGUUUGUUUUAUAUAUCUACAUCUGUUAUUGCUGUUCAUAUCAGUUUAGGCAUAUCUGUAUCUGUUCAACAUUUGCUAUAUGCAUUUGGCAAUUUGGUCAUUUAUGUUGAGUUUUUUUUGGGGCAUGGUAUUAAUAAAUAGCGACAGGAUUAUGCAAUCCAGUUAUGGAAAUGUGAACACUAUAUACUUCUCCGAAAAAAAUUGGUUGAAAUGUAUGAGAACGUAAAGCAUGUAUUUAAUCUGGCUAUUAUCUCUGGAUGAUAAAUUUUCACAGUGACUUUUUCUGCCCCGCCCACUCUCUUCCCCACUAUAGGUUUUGUCAAGAAGUAAAAAAUAGUCUUUCCAUUUUGCAGUGAGCUUCUUGUUGUUAAGAUAAUUAUCUUAUUGUAUUAUUUAAUUGUACAAAUUUUAAUACAUUCGCUUCCAAUUUAAGAUCAUUUUGAUUUAAAUUAAAUUUCUGUAAAAUGUAGAUCAUUUGAUUGUUUAGAUAUUCAUCACUGCAUGAGCCUUUAUAAUUCUUUGACUGUUUGUUUUGUCAAUCUGCAUCUGUUUUUUAUGCUCAUAUCAGGCUUUUAUCUGUAUCUGUUGAAUAUUUCUUAUAUGCAUUUAGCAAUUUGGUUAUUUAUGUUGAGUUUGUUUUGGGGUAUGGUAUUAAUGUAUAGCUACAGUAUUAUGAAAUCUUGGUUGAAAUGUAUGAGAAAGUAAAGCAUGUAUUUUAUCAGGAUAUUAUCUUUGAAUGGUAAGUUUUCGUAGUGACUUUUUAUUUGUUCAAUUUUUUUUGAGGGUUCGUUUGGUACAUGGAAUUGGAAUUAGAAUUCUAUGAAUUGAAUUUGAAGGAACUGUAUAAUUCAAUACCAAUUCCUUUGUUCGGUAAAAUGAUGUAAUUGAUUAGGAAUUGAAUUUUAAGAAAUUAUAUAUAUAUAGGGAUGUAAUCAAAUGCUAACUAAUUCUCAAACCUGAACCCAGAACCUUCAAUGUCGUGCAUUAAAAUUAUCAAUGCAAAGACAUAACUUUGUCAAUAUUACAUGUGAAUUUUAAUAUCAACACAUAACAUAAAUAUAUCAAUAGAUGAUGUUGAUAUUCUUAUAUCCCAGUAUUGAUAAUUUUAACAUACAAAAUUGAGGUUCUCAAUUGAAAUUAGUUAGCAUUUUAGUGCGACCAUAUAUAUAUAUAUAUAGUGUGUGUGUGUGUGUGCGCGUGUGUGCAAUGUGCGCGCGCAAGUGUGUAGUGUGUGCAAUGUGUAUGUAGUGUGUGCAUUGCGUGUGCAGUGUGUGAAGAUGACUAAUCUAUAAUUAUUUGGAAUUCUAAUUGUCUACUUUUGAUAUGGAAUACAAAAUGUGGAAUUAGGAUGAAUUGGACGUAAUUCAAUUCCAAAUCCAAUUUUUUGCGGUACCAAACAUGGAUUUGGAAUUGAAGGAUCCUAUUCCGAUUGCGCUGGCCCAAUUCCAUGAAACGGGAAGGAGCCUGAGGGGAUAAGUGCACUAUUUGCUGCAUCUGAAGAAAUGGAGUUUUCUACUAAAAAUAUGAAAUGGACACAAACUUAGGAUGAAAUAAUUAGUGAACAGGAAUCUCAUGACAGGCUAAGUAGCUUGCCCUCUGAAAUCCUAGACCACAUCCUUUCAUUUCUCAGCAUGAAUGAAGUUGUGAAAACAGGCUUGCUGUCAAGAAAAUGGAGAUACUUCUGGCAUUCAACACCAUGCUUGAACUUCGAUUUUAGAGAUUUCUGGAACCAGGAGCGCUGCUUAAAUUUGAGUUACAAUGAAUGCGUGAUAAAAUUUUGGGUAUUUGUCAAGUGCGCUAUCGUGAUCAGAUCACCCAUUUGUAGACUGCGGCUCUACUGUGAAGCCUGUGAUACCAUUCAGCUUGAUUCGCUUUUAUAUCUUUGCGCUAUGAAAGAAGUCCAAGAACUUGAUAUUUUUACUGGAUAUGGAAUCCUGCAGUGUCCAAUUCAUUGUGGUGUACCCACUCACGUUGACGCAUUUACACAGGGCGUUGAUAGUCUGGUUGAGUUGCAACCACUGGCAAGCUUUUCAAAUCUAAAGACCCUAAAUUUGGUUGGCGUCCUGUUUGAUGGUUCUGAUAUAGCUGAGAACCUGUUCAGUGAUUGUGGUGUUCUUGAGACUUUAUCUCUGGAAUAUUGUUGUUUUGUGACGAUGGACUAUCUUAAGAUUUCUGCCAAUAAGCUUAGGACUUUGAAUUUUGUAAAUAAUGGCCCUUAUUGGUGGGGAUAUACGUGCAUGUUCGGCGGUGAGCUGGAACUUCAUACUCCAAACCUUGUAUCUUUCUGGUAUAUCGGGCCAGUGCUACAUCUCAGUCAAUCAUUGGAUAUGCUAUUUUUGAAGAAUGCCUCCAUUGAGCUCCGAUAUCAAAAUACACCAGCGGACUUUGGUGCUAUGGUUUUUGGUAUUCGUCAUGUCCAGGAGUUAACAGUGUCUCCAAAUUUUGUCACGUACUACUGUCCUGGAUCUAAAAAAAUUGCUGGUGACUUCAAUCCUCUCGACAGUCUGAGGAGCUUGAAGGUUUAUAUGGAAUUCGAGGGGGACCAUAUGGAGGGUCUAAUAAAGCUACUCCAGCUUUCUCGUAACCUUGAAACUCUAUGUAUCCGAUUAACUGAGCACCCCUGGAAAAUUAAUUGGGAGUCCAGGAAAAUCGAUGUCCCUAUGAUAUCGCACAAGCUGAAAGAAAUUGAGAUUUUCACGGGCGGCAACCUGGAGAACUUGUUAGAGCUUAUCAGAUUCUUCCUUGAGAAUGGAAAAUCUUUAGAGAAGAUAAACAUCACGCAAAAGGAAGAAACGCUGGAUCCGAAGAAGUUCUACACAUUGCACAACGUUCAGUUAGCAUGUCAAUCGGUUUCUAUAUCCAUCGGUUUAGCUUCUGCUUCUGGAACAAUCAAGAUGUUUGACCUUUUGUUUUGGAAAUGUGGUUCGGGUACGACUGGUCAAUCUAUCGAAUAUGACCGGUAAACCUAUCCAAUAUCAGAAUAAGUAGAAACAUCGGAAUUGCGUGGAGAAAUUUGGUGGCUCGUGUUGAAGAAGACGAAAAAGAGGUGUUCGCCCCCGUAUGCGUUGGAUUCAGAAGGACAUCGUGAGUAGAUCGAUCUUUCUUCUACUUGUUCUCAUAAAAACAAAAACUAGUACCAUAAUAAUGUGAGGACAUUAUUAUUUACAACUCUUGUUUGUUUUGAACUAUUGUUGUUUUGAAUUGAUUGGAAUUGUUGUUGAAUGCAUUACUAUGCUUUAAUGUA